UUGAAGGCUUCGGGACAGACUGUAUUGAGUGAAAACUGCCGGAGCACCGAAGAAGCGAUGAUUUGAUCCCUUGCGACGUUUUGCAUUACUGGGUUUACCUCCCAUUUCUAAAAAUGCAUGCACAAUAUUCAUCUAGGUGAAAAAGCGGAAGGUCUAAAUUACACACUUAGUGCUGUGUUUGUGCUAAACAUCUAGCUGGUGGCUAGUUGUAGCAUUCUGGUUAAACAGCGCCCACUGUAAAUAGACAUAGACCCUCGUAAAUCUCAUUCAUUUAAAAUGUGCAUUGUUGUCAUGCAUUGAGCGUGUUAUCAGUCACAGAACGCUGCUUCAUUGUAGUAAAGUUCCGAAGCGAAGCUAGGCCACAAGCAGCCGGAGCUCUUUUUUACCCCUUUUUUCUUUUUUUCCCAACUUCCACCAUUCAACAGCAAAUUGCCAUCAUGCCUGCAGCCGAUGUUGACUAUGCCCUGCAAACGCUGAUGUCCAAAAUCAAGGAGCGGGAGCUGGAGUCGCAGCGGGCUCUGAACGAGUACGAUGUGACCAAUAGGCACCUGAAAAGUCAGCUCCGGGACCUUCAGGAGAAGUUCAACGAGAAGGAUCGACAGCUGUCGGAGGCUCAUGAGACUAUCCGUACCCUGCGGGGCGUGACUCAGAUCGUCUCAGGGCUGCAGGAGGAGAUUCGGGCCCUGCGCAACCAGCUGCUGCCCGGCUCGGCACCAGACUACAUUACCCAGAAUUCCACAUCGGAGCACCUGAGCACCACCCUGCUGAAUGUCAUCUCGGACUGCGGGAGGACUACCGAGGUCGCCGUACAAGCCAUCAAAGAGGUGAAGAAGCGUAAAGUGGACAUGGAUGGAAGUGGAGGUGGCGGCGGAGGAGAAGAGUGGGGAGAGGAAGGAGAGAGCGAGGGACGAGCCGCCACGGAGACGGGGGCCAUGGACAACGAUAACGAGCACGAGGGAGAGGGAGAGUGGGAGGACAGCUUCGAUUACAACAUGGCAGGACACAGCAGUGGAGAUCCGGGCCACAAUGGCUUUUCAUCAGGAGAUGCCUACAGCCGUCAGCCGAUAGCCUUGGAGCUGACCAACAGCUCUGCGUCCUGCAGUUCAGACAUAAUCAGUACACCCAACUCACGCAAGAGGCCCAUGCUCACCACCCAGAUGGACGGCUACGCUGCCAGCAUGAUGGUCCAGGCCGCGUUGAGAGGCAAGCUGGGUGGAGACCGCAUCAUUCAGGAGUACAGCAGGAUGAAAUGCCUGUGUGACCGGAGCCGCAGGAAGAUGGUCAACAUCCUGGUGGCGGACAUGAUGGAGACGCAGGGGAGACAUCCACCUGCCAGUGUUCGGGAGUCGUAUGCCCUUGGAAUUGUUACGUUGUUCCCGUUGCUAAAGGAUCUGAAUUCCAAGAACGGUUAUGAGCAUUACUACGACUCGGCCAGCGGCUCCGGCUACCUGGCCUGGCGGCUGAAGACGGUGCAGCGUAACUCAUGUGACAGCGUCCGCCGCACUGGCCUCUCCGCCGCCCGCAAGGCCCUCCUGACCAACCCAGAUGGCACCACGCGGCCCGCCGCCCCGGCCUAUCUGGUAGAUGGACCCAGGAUCCUGCGGGCGGCCCACUCUCCUCCUCCCCCCAUCUCGCCGCCCCAGUGCCAGGAGGCGGUCAACCUGAUGAUGCGUCUCGGCUCGGCCACGAUGUCGGCGUCUGACGCGGCCUCUGUGAAGGAGAACAUGCGGAUCACCUUCCAGCACAGGCAGGACAUCAUGCACGACCCGGCCAUGGCCACUCCCACAUCCGUGACCUCCGUACUUGACAUCUUCCCUCGUUUCCUGGACACUCCUGGCUUGAUUGGGCAGGACUUCGCCAUGCUGUUCGGUAAGGAGGUGUCGUCGCGAUUCCUGUCCCAGUGGCAGACCUUCUACAAGCCACGCAUCAUCGCCGACUGUAAACGCCUGCCGCAUGGGACCCACAUGGACCGCCUCCUCGCCCUCAUCAACCAGCCUUCCGAUUGGUCCGAAUGGUCCGACGACUGGGACAGUGACCUGGCCACCAUCUUCCUGCUACUGCACCUGUUGCCUCCCACCUCACAGGGCCGGAAGCACAAGAAGAUCAGCGCAGCCGAGGCCACCGACCAUCUCGUCAAGUUCCUGCAGGCGGAGCAAAGCAUAGAGAACUUCUUGGAGGUAUCUCCGGCCACAGCCCCGUACCUGCUCUGUGUGGGCGAGCGCAGGAGCAGCAUCCAGAGGUUCUUCAUCGUCGUGCAGGGCAAAGCCAUUCCAUGCGAACCUUCAACCAACACCAACACAAAUCCCAACUCCAACGCCAAUGCCGCCACUGCUACCGCUAACCCCGCUAACGCUAAUGGCAACAUGGCUGCUGUCAGGGCGUUCGACGAGCUUUUCAAGUCGCACUUCGUCUUCUCCCAGUCUUACGACGAGCCGCUCUGCAACUUCUUCACCUUCAUGCAGACCACGGUGUACGGCAUCGAUGUGGGACAGGCCCGGGAGAGCCCGAGAGUGCGGGAGAUCCGCGCCCGCCUCUUGCACAACAAUCAAUGAAGUGGAGUGGAGCGGAAGGGAGGAUGAGGGCGGAGGGUUGUGAUUUGACAGCUGCAGCAGCCAAUCAGGGACUGAGGGUGGUGAAUGAUGGCUGUAAUAACCAAUGAGUGGGGGGUGAGGGUUAUGAAUGACAGCUGCAACAACCAAAUGGAUGGAGGCCAGAAGUUCAUAAACAACAGUAGCAACAGCCAACCAGGGGCUGGCAUUAAGAGCAACAUCCAAUCAGCAGAUAAGAUAAUUAAAUGUCCAGCCAAUGAUUGAGGGUGUUAAAUGACUGCUGCAACAGGACUGAGGGUUGUGAAGGACAGCUCCAAAAGCCAAUCAAGGCUGUGCUGAUGGUUGUGUGCAACGACAGCCAAUCACAGGCUGACAUGUCUGACAUCAUGAACAACAGCAACCAAUACACAACUGAGGUUGUAAAGAACAGACAAUUUGUGGUGACUUAAGUUCUUGACUGACAGCUGCAACAGUAAGCAGUAAGCAACUGUAAGCAACAACCAGCGAGCAGCCGAGGCCAUUGACCAACAGCCCAUGACUGUGACUGAGACUUGUGAACAAUAAGCCAGUCAGGGCUGUUGGCCAUACGAAACAACCUAUGAGCAGCUGGUGGUCAUGAUCCAACAGCCAAUGAAGAGCUGAGAAAAGGGUGGGUGGGAUUUCACACGUUUUAUUUGUAACCCGUUUUUGAUGUGUGACGGUUGUAUUAGUUUCAGACUGAAGCAUUUAAUGUGUGGCUGUUAUGUUGCUAUAUUACGUAUAUAUACACACAAUACAAGUGGCAAGUUUUGAGUUCAGUGUGAUGGUUUAAAAAGAAAAAAAAGACGAGACUGCACUAUAUUUGCCUUGCUCACACGAGCGUAGUUUGUGGAGGAGUUGCGAUACGGAAUUAUGUGUAAAUUGUAAACCGGAUGAUCAAUUAUUUGGAAGCUGAUACGAAGGCAAUGCAAUAGUUCUCAAAAUGCUUACCAGGAGAACAUGGAGGACGAUGUUUGCAUGACUGGCGUCAUAGAUCUAGAACACUAGAUGUCUCGUUGACCAGCCCCUUUCUAUUGGAACAAAUGGUGUAAUAUGAUUUCCACCAUACUUCAAUGUUCGGCAGUUCACUCUGCUUGAAUUAACAUUAAUCAGUGGCAAUGUGCAUAGCAUCCUGUAGGUGGCAGUGAAAUAUCAGCUUUCCUGACGGUGUACAAACCAUGGGGAGUGCAUUCCAAUAUGCGACCUUACGUCCUCCACUUGGACUUGUGGCCUCAUGUGAUGCCCCGCCUCCAUGGAGAAAACUCCCUGCUGUCAGCCUAGCCAAAACAAUUUUUGGGGUACUAUUCUUCAUUUACCGUACCAUCCUGUUUGAAAAUGAGAAAAUUACUUAACAAUUGAGCUUUUGCAAGAUAUUGAAAUCUAAUGCUGUUAUCAGUGAUGUCAUCAAGACGUAUUACUUCCUGAUACGAGGCCACAAGCACAAGUGGAGGACGCAUAUUGGAACGCACCCAAGGGACCCCGUUCUAAGAUGGUGGCGGUCAGGUCUGGGCCUGCCACAAGGCUUAACGCGACAUCAAGUGUUAUUCUAUAUCUAUGGAAUGGCCUAGAUUUAAGUUCGUUCUCAAACUGGUGUAUUCUCAGAUUGUCACACUACACUUGGCUGAUGCUGUUCUCGAAAAUGAAUCCUAUUUGAAGAAAACAAUCACUACAGGUGCUACACAACCUUCACAGUCAGUAGCUUACAGUCGCCUGAUGCCGUUUUCAAAAGUGACUCCCAACAGUAUUUGAAGAAGUCCGGUCGGACUGAAGGGGUGCAUUUCUCGAAAGCAUAGUUGUUAGCAGUUAGCAACUUGGGUAGUUGCCAAUGAGAAAUUGCAUGGCAAACAACAAAUUAGCUCAUGAAGUUAGCUAACUAUGCUUUUGAGAAAUGCACCUCAGGUCUGUGAAUGAUUCUUUUUCAUGAGCUUAGUGUGGUAAUCAACUGGACUUAUUUUAUCUCUUUGCAGAAACUUCUCUGUUCUAAUUCUGAGAAUUAGACGGUUUAUCGCCGCAACGGAACGAGGAGUGUGGAUCUAGAUCUACACAUCCUCUUUCCAUAGAAAUGAACUAAAUCAGAAUUAGAACUGCAGAAGUCUCUCAAUAGUAGAGACAAAGCGUCUAGGACAGGAAGAGACAAAGUGUCUAGGACAGGGAUGGUCAACAUGGCUUCAUUAGUUAAAAUCCAGUGCCACAUAUUCCGCUGGUUGAAUGAUCACAAGGUUAAACUGGAUAGGCAAUUUGGAAAAUGUGGAUUGUAAACUAUUGAAUCCAGGUUGCCCAUCACUGGUCGAGAAACAAAGUCCACUUGCUGACAACUCUGUUGAAUAAAAUGACCUGACUGAAAAAGACCCAUACAGGGCACUCUGCUGAUGCUGUCAUCAAAAACUACUCCUAUUUGGGGUGCAAGUCAAACUAGUGUAGUUACUCCCAUCCUUUCUGGUUGCUUGUGGCCUUUUUAUUUUUUAAGUUUAUAGUUUUAAGUUUUUUAUUUCAAGUUUUAUCCAAUAUCUCAAAUGUGCAAUUAAAGACCAUCAUCUCCUUUGCAAUCAGGAUGCUGAAUGGGGGAACCCCCUCCCCCCCUUUAAAAAAAAAGUUUCUCUGCUUAGGUCAGGGUUGGGCAACCUGUGUCUCGAGGGCCAUUUACGGGGUGAGGGUGGGGUCUGUUGUAAAGGUGGCCGCCUUCAAUAGGCCUAACGUGAAGGAGGAAAUCCUGGUUUGUGUUCAUAGUACGGCCCUUGGAAGACUUUAUAACAUUGGAAGUGGCCCCUUGAAUGAAAAAGAUUACCCAGCCCUUAGGUCGACAGUGGGAAAAGCUUUGUUAAUUUCUCCAUGGAGGUGGGAUGACUCCAAGGCAAGAGGCCACAAGUGAUGAGGAAAGGACAGGAGGAAGGAGUUUGACUUCCACCCUUGAAGUAAACACAGCAGCAACCGUAGCAACGGGGAGACUAACAGGAAACAAGCCACCUUGUGUAUACGACUCGUGUAUCGUGUGGAGAUGUUUUGUGACUAUGGUCCGUUGUGGAUUGAAUUGUGAACUAUUUUAAAAUAAAUACCUUUCCUCCA